AUGCCACCAAUGGGGUGCGUCGGCAGCAGGGGGAUGGAAGGCCCGGACCUCGAUAAUUCCGACUACGACAGCAGCACCAUCUCCCGAACCACGUCGCAGUCCUCCCGAGCCACCGCGCAGUCACCGAUCCUCCAGGCUCGGCGGUCGGGGCCAGCUCCGUCCAGAGGCUUGGGAGGAGCGAUGGGACAGAUGGCAGGAUCGCAACCAGUUAAGGACCUGCUAGACGUGUUCAUUGACGAGGUGGAGAGUUCGCACAAGCGAAAGUCCAAGAGCAAGACGCACAGACAUAAGGGGUCAGCGGGAGAAGCUGGAGCAGCGGGGGAGGUUGGGGCAGGGGGAGAGGCUGGGGCAGGGGGAGAGGCUGGGGCAGCGGAAGAAGCUGCAUCAACGGGGGAAGCUGGGGCAGAAGGAACGUCAGGGGCUGCAGGAGUAGGGGCAGCAGAUAUUGGGGCGUUGAGAGGAGAGGAAGUGAAGGGAGCAACAACAGGGACGUCCCAGCGCGAAGAAGAAGGGGGAGCAAGAGAAGGGCGGAUGGUAGGUGAAGUGGAGGAUGAGAUGGGACGGAGAGAGAAGGGCGGAGAUAUGAAGCCGGCUUGCGAGCUGGCAAGACAAGCGGACGCCACGUCAGAUGCCACGUCAGGUCUUCACCCGGAGAGCUCGAGCACAAACGGUCCGCCCCCCCCUGUCCACGGCGACCCAGCUACAGCCUGCUCAGCGGAUUCAAUGCAUCUAGACAAUCCCAAGGGCGGCUCGGGGACGGCUGACAAUCCCGAGGCUGGUUCAGGGGAGGCUGAAAAGUCCAGAGCUGCCCGACAGGACACAAGGGAAUCAGCAAGCUUAGGUUCGGAGUUUCCGGACCAGGAAGGGAGCUUAGGUGGUGUGGUUCGGGGCAGCCCUGGCGUGGCUGAAGCAGGGGGGGGUUUCGAAGGAGAAGAUGGGAAAACAAGUUCAGGAAGGGACGGACCUGUCGUCCGAACCUGGGAGGUAGACCCGGAGCGCCGAGCCAAGAGCUGGCGAAGGGACGUGGAGGCCGAGUUCUCAAGGAGUGAAAAGAAGAGAAGAGACCCGGAGACGCAGGUAACAGGGAGGCUGGUAGCACGUGAGGUACCAGCUGGUGUGGGCAAUGGGGGGAGAGAAGGGGGCGAGAGUGCAAGAGAUGAAGCUGUAAGCAGGGCAUCAACGGUUGUGAUUGACUCUGGCGCGGAAGCAGCUAAUGAGGGGUGCGUGCGUGAUGCUGCUGAUGCAGGCGGAGGGGAGGGUAGAAGUGAGAGCGGAGGGGAGGGUAGAAGUGAGAGUGGAGGGACGUACGUGAAUUCUGAGGCGCCUGUGAACUUGUCUGGUGGGGGGGAGGGUGGUGGCGGUACGUACCUGUUUGCAAUGAAGCUACGACGAGUGAGGAGCUCAGGGGACGUCACUAAAGGGGAUGUCUCUAAAACGGAUGCUGUUUCAAACGGGGAUGCUUCUACAGGGGAUGCUACUAACGCGGAUGUUGUCAGCAGCGGCGCUGCACCUGCUAGUGCUGGGGCGAAGGGCAGGCAGAGGAGGAAGGGGAGCCUGCUGGGUGUGAUGGAGCAUGGGAGCAUGGGGGAGGAUGAGGGAAGGGGUAAGGGAGUGGAGGAGGGAGGCAGCAAAGCGGGUGAGGAGGGGAGGAAUGAGGAGGCGUGGAACCAGGAAUGGGCGGCUAGACCCCUUGAGGGGGCUAGCACCAAAAGUGGUGGACCACUGAGGAGUCUGCAGAGAGACGAUGCUUUGAUGCCGAGAGGUGGGUCUGUGGUGCAGAGGAAGCGAGCACUGAGGGGUGAGGAGAUGGCAGAAGGAGGAGAUGAGAGGGAGAGGGGGCAGAGAGACCGAGGGCAGAGGGGCGGAAGCGAGAGUGCUUGUAAGACAGAAGAGAAUGGUGGUGGUGGGGGUGGUGAUGAUGGCGAUGUGAUUCUUCCUGGAAGCUUCUUGUGCUUCGUCAGGCGAGCCAACCAGCCGGGGUCUCCCAGGGGUUACAGUGGCCAGCCUGCCACAAGGUCCCCCUCCCUCCCCCCCUUAUCCCCCUCUGGUCUCUCCGCCACCCUACAACCAGCAUCCCCCAGAUCCCCCUCCUUCCGCCGCCCUCCAGCCUCUUCGCCCCAGGCCUCACCAGCCAAAGGGGGCGUGUCUGUAGUCCUGCCCACAGCCCCAGUCUCAACCUCCCCCAAGCCUACCUCCCCCAAGCCUACCUCCCCCAAGCCUACCUUCCCCAAGCCUUCCUCUCCCAAGCCUACCUCCCCCAAGCCUUCCUCUCCCAAACCUACCUCCCCCAAGCCUGCUUCCCCUGCUGCCCCUGUUUCACCUGCUCCCCCUGCUGCCCCUGUUUCACCUGCUCCCCCUGCUGCCCCUGUUUCACCUGCUCCCCCUGCUGCCCCUGUUUCACCUGCUGCCAAUGCUGGUUCUGAGCAGCAAGAGCUAGACGAGGACGCCCUUCUCCUGUCCUUUGAAGCACCUCAAAACGCACCUGCUGCCUCUGCUGCCUCUGUUGCCCCUGCUGCACCCACAGCUGGUUCUCAGCAGCAAGAAGCAGACGAGGAUUUCCUUCUCCUCUCUCGGCUUGGAUCCCCUCGCAUCGUGCUGCCCAAUCGCAUACAGUCACACUCGUUUAAGUGCAUAAGCAGCACAGGCGCUCAGCACAACAAAGCCACCAUUCAGAUGGCCAGAUCGCACAGCAAUCCUGACCCUCCAUCUGCAUCUCUGGCCGAUCCAACGGCUGACGUCACCCGUCCUCCCCACUUCCCCACCCUUCCCCAUCUUUUCACCCCUCCUCGCCUCGCCACUCCCCCUCGCCCACGCUCCCGGGGGGGCUACAGUAAACUGCAGGUAGAUCUAGCAAUCGUCACGACUGUAUCGGAUUUUAUCGGAUUUGAUUUGUUUGGGGGUGGCGAGGAGGAGGGGGAAGGUGCGUCCGGGGAAGGUGAGUCUGGGGCAGGUGGGAUGGAUCCGUGGGGUAUGGUUGCUGCAGUGGGUGGGUCGCUCUGGCCUAUGAGUGACUGUAUGGAGGGGGAAGAGGCGGCACAGAUUGGGAAGGUGCAAAUGAAUGCAGCAGAUGUUCUUGUGGUUGAUUCUGCAGAGAGUGACUGUAUGGAGGGAGAAGAGGGGACACAGGAGGUGCUAGAUGAUGCAGCAGAUGUGCAAAAGAUGAGUGGGGAGGAUGUGACUAAAAAGGAUGUGAACGGGGAGAAUGUGAUUGGAGAGAAUGUGACUGUAACGGCAGCUGAAGGGGUGAAGGAAAGCAGAGGACAGGCAGAUGGGACUGCAGAGGAUGUGAGUGCUGCUGAGGAUUUGUUUGGUGGCGAUGUGACUAUAAAGGGGGUGGGCAGCGAGAAGGUGCAUAUAAGGGAGGUGAUUGUAGCAGCCUCGGCAUUGUGGAGGGACGUGAUUGACCACCGGGAGGAUGUGGGGAUGGCCAUAGAGGGGGCUCUGGUGGAUAGGGUUACCACACGGAGUGAGGUGACUGUAACGGAUGUGACUGUAGGUGAGGUUGGGUUUGGGAGAGUGGAGGGAGCGGAGGGAGAGGAAGGGGACAUGGCCGCUGAUGUGGCUGCUGAUGUGGAUGCAGACGAUGAGGUGCCGAGCUGGCAGGAGGUGUGCAAGCAGGGGGAGGUGAUUGUAACGAAGGCCAAGGGCAGUGGCAGCAGUGGCAGUGCCGUGACAGCAGCGCGCACUCUCUGUGUGCCGUGGCUUAGCCUGUGCUCUGAGGCCCUCUCUCUCAUGGCCGAUAUCCGCACCCGGCUGAGUCAGCUCUAUGUGCUUUCCCAUUCCCAUGACAGGGGGCUUGCACAUGCCCACUCUGCCACUGAUGCAGCAGCCGCGCCUAUCCCCUUGCUGAGACCCUUUAAACCCCAUCUGCCUAUAGCAGCAGCAGCAGCUGUUCCUGUGGUGUCUGCGCUGCUGCUGCGCUGCCUCUUGAGGCUGGGGGGUGCUGUGGCGGAGGUGUGGGGGGAGACUGGUGGGGGAAAGAAGGGGAAUUGGGGGAGCCGGGGGAAGAGUAGGGGCGGAAGGGACGGCAGAGGGAGUGAAGGAAGCGGCAAGGGUGGUGACGGGUUGGGAUUGGAAGGGGAGGAGGACCUUUGCUGUGGAUGGGUGUACGCUUGGGAUAGUGACGGUUCUGCUGCUGCUACUGGCGAUGCUGGUUCCCACACCCCUGUCCCCCCUCUUGCCUCUGCAGCAGCAUCAGCAGCAGCAGAGGUCACCCUCCUGUCCUUGCUCCAUCACAACAUGCCCUUCCCACUACCAUCCCCAUUAUCCGACCACAAUAGUUCGGGACAAGGUAGAAAACGGGAGGAAAGGGGCGAGCUAGUGGAUAGUCAUGGAGGGGAGAGAGGAGGGGAGCAGACGGAAGGAGGAAAAGAGGGAGAACAAGUCAAGGAGCCGUUUCUGGAUGGGGGAAUUUCUCGGCCUGUUCUCUUUGGCGAUCUCUGUGCUUCCAUUUGUUCCAAUGCUGCUGCCGCGUUGACAGGAAAUGCCACAGAUCUUGCAGAUGUGGCUGGUAGUAACCCUGAGAAUGCUUCUGCUACAGCUGCUGGCAGUGCAGGGUCGUCAGCCCAGCUUCUUCCUGCAGUGGCGAUGGCGGGAGCAGCAGCCGUGGUGGCUCACACUAUGGUGCAUGCGCUUUCUCUGGAGAUCACUCUUUCCCUUGGCGUGCAAUCCGCUGGCACACAGGAGCGACUCACCUCGUUAGUGCAGGGAGCCACUCGCCUCUCACACUUACUCAAGAGCCACUUAGCUGUGCUGCAGCAAGCUGCCAACCAGGGCUGUGGAGCUCCUAGGUUCUUCCUCGCGAUGACAGAUGGCGCGACGCUAUUCGCCCUUACAGCAGAGGAGGAUCUCGCUCGGGCAGCUGGAGGAGCGUUCCGAUUGGCUUCUGAGGCUGCCCGGCACACCGGGCGGCUAGAAUUGGAAGCUUCUUGGGAAGCACUGGGAAUGGAUGGCAGCAGCAAGGGGGGGGUGAUUGGCAGUAGGGGCCCUCCCAAAGCCAGGCAUCUGCUCUUUGAGAGACAUGCAGCAAUGAAGCCUUUGGCUCAUGCCAAGAAGGUAGAGGCAGAGUGGAUGUGGGGUGGGGGCGAUGAGGAUGAGGAGGAAGGGGAUGAGGAGGAAGAGAAAGAGGUGGAGGAGGAGGGAGAGGGUAGGCGCAGCGAGAAUGUGGAGGGUAGAGGAAUUGGAAAAGGGGAAACUGGAAGGUUCAGUGGCAGAAGGAUCGGCAGCAGGUUCGCGGGGAGCAAGUUUGGGGGAACCAGGAGAGUGAACGUGGAGUUGCUUAUAGAGAGUGUGAAUAUAGCCGCAGAGCUGGCAUACCACAGCCAUAGAGUGCUGACCAAAUGCGUGGGGGGUGUGGGUUCCGGCUGGGUUGGGGAGGUCACAGAAGCUGCUCUUUCCGCACAGAUUAUUGACGCAACUGGAGGCUUUGUGUCUGAUUUGAAUAUGAGAGGAGGUGCUGGUGUGGUGAGGGUCUCUGCUACCAGUGGGGUGAGAGCAUAUGGGGAUGUGGAUAUGAGUGCACCCAUCCCUGUUCUCUCCGUGUUUGCAGUCAAGCUGCAGACACCUGCUGCUGCUGCUGUGGGAGAGUCAGCAGCGUGGGCAGGAGGGGUACGGGAGACAGGAGACGGCGAUGGUAAGGUGCUGCGAGCAAGUGAGCCAACACCUCCUGAGGGGACUGCUGCUUCUGCUGUUGAGACUACUGUCUCUGCCACCACCACUGCACCUGCUGCUGCUGCACCUGCUGCUGCUUCUGAUGGCUCUGCCUCUGUGGGUGCUGCUGUCGACUCCACUCAAAACACACCCGGAAAACGCUCUGCAUCAGCAGAUGAAGCUUCUGUCGCCGCCCCAUCCCCCCUCCUCUCCUCCUCAUCUCCCUAUCUCCCUCCGAGCUCCAGCUGUCACUCCGCCAUUCGUCCGUCGCCCCAUGCUGACGUCAUCCUCCCCAUCCCUCUCUUUCUCUCGUCUUCUGAGGAGGAUCGGAGCAGCUUCGGCACGGAUCCAACCGUGGAGCAGGAGGAGGAGGAUGAGGAUGAGGAGUGGUAUCAAGAGCUGCUGAAGAACAUGCGAGAUGUGGACUUAGGGUUUGGGAAAGAGGAGAGGGCAUCUGAAAAAGAGGAGGAGCGGGCAUGUGAGAGGGAAGAGACGACCGUUGGGGAAGAAGAGGGCGCAUUCGGGUUGCGUCAAAAGGAGGCUAGGGAGGCUAGGGAGGCUCGGAAGGAGGAAGGAGGGGAAACGGAGGAGGGCAGGGAACAACAAGGGGCAGAUGAGGUUCCUCUUUUCGGAAAGGAGGCAGGAGAGGGAAGGGAGGGAAGAGUGGGAAGAGAGGAGGUGCAGAGGGAGGAGAGUGGGAGGAGAGAGCCUAGUCCCUGCAGCACUGAUAGUGAUGCUGGCACCAUAGCUUCGGAGGCGACCGAUGCUGUGCCGGACCUGCCGUUCAGGCUCGGAAAGCGGUUCUACAACAUUGAUUCGAUGCUGAACAUGCGCGAACCUGCAUCUGCCUCGGGAGCCGGUGGGGCUGGUGGGUUUGGGGCUGGUGGGGCUGGUGGGAAGUUGUUUUCAGGGUAUCUGGAUAGGAGGGGUCGUGGAAGGACCCUCAUUGAUGGUGCUGUGGUGGGGGCGUCAGUUGGGGCAGCGGGGGCAGAGGGGACAGCGGGGGCAGUGGGGGCAGGGGGGGCAGCGGGGGUGGUGGUGGGGGCAGUGCAGACAGUGGAUGUGGGGGAGAAGAAGAAGCAGCAGCGGCCGAAAGUGCAGCAGCAGCAGCAGCAGCAGGCAGCAGAUGAUGACAUUAACUUUCAUGACAGCAAUGACGAGGGAGACAAUAAUGAGCGUGAGGGUGACAAUAAUGAGCGUGAGGGUGACAAGAAUGAGGGUGACACUAACUAUCGUGACAAUAGUGAGCGUGACAGUGAGAAGGAUGGCAGCAUCGAGGGUGAGAAUAAUGAAGGCGAGUGUAAGUUAGGUUUGGACCAUUCAGACCUUCUGCAGUUUGACGAGGUAUUCCGAGCCAAGCAGGCUCAGCGGCAGUGCCAUGCCGAAGCUAAGGCUGCUGUGGCUGCAGCUUUGGACGCUCAGGAUGAUCUGGCAGACGCCGAGGCUGCACUGGAGGAAGCUUCCAAGGAAGUUGCACGGCUCACGGCAUGUACUGACACUGAGAAUAAAGGCACGAGUCUGGAGGAGCUUGUAAAGGGGGAAGGGGUUGCUGGUAACCAGGCAGGGGUUGUGGUAACCAUUGAUGGGGAAGAUGAGAGAGGCAGUACGGUGAGCAAAGGUUGCGAAGGGAGAGGGGAGGGGAAUAGAGAGAGUGAUGGUGUGGAUGAGGGAGUGACAGAAGGAGGGAGUGGGGAGGAGGGAAAUGCUGAGGGAGAGGAGGUGGGGGGAGUUGCAGCGAAAGCUGAGGAGGAGGGCAGUGGGGAGUCUACGGAGAAUGUAUCUCUAUUUUCUGCCUGUUCUUCUGCCCUGGCUUCCCUGGAACGAGCUCAGGUUGCCCGCAACGAAGCCGCUGCCCGAAUGCGUGCCCAGCGGCACCGGGCAGCUGCAAAAGUUUCGGAGCUGGAAGCUGCCCGGUCCUUCUACACCACGCUGCUUCGGGCAAAAGAAAAACGGGUAGCUGAAAUAAAUAGCGCUGCUUAUGGGUUGAUUGGAGAGAUGAAGGCAGCAACUGGGUGUGUAACACCUGGUGUGGUAACCCCACGGAGGGGGUCUGCAGCUAGUAGCGAAUUGACUGAUGUGCAACACUGCACAGAUGGUGUGGAAGAUGACUGUAACAAGGAGGGUUAA